CCCACUUCCCCAACUCACGAUCUACAUUUCUCUUAUGUUCCCCUACCUGUGAUAUCCUUGUUUCCCCUCUGGGUCCCACCUUCUAACGUUGUGGCCCUUUCCUUGUGUUUCUUAUUGGCUGUGUCCAUGCUGAUUUCCCUAAAUUUGACGUUUUCCUUCUCAGGAGUCUUUCUCUUUGCCUGUUCAUCCUGCUGAUUUUCGAAACCCUUUCUCCACAUGCCUUAUCCCCUCAUAGUCUGUCCCCCUUCCCCUCCUAUCCCCGUCUUUGGUUCCCGAGAUACUUCUGUGAUUUUUCUUUUUAACCUUCUCCCCCUCUGUGUUCAUCUUCCUCCCGGAUUUCACCCCAUUCUCUGGCCUCCAUUCUGUAAUUGUAGCCUUCUCUGUGCGUCUCUAUUAGACCCAUCUCACGGUUUCCCCACCCCCAUCCUCUGUGUUGUCCCCUUUUCUCUAUGCAUCCCGCCCUGUCUCCUUUUCUGUCUUUGAGCCUCUCAGAUAGUCUCCUCGCCACCCCAGAACCCGAUCUUUGUGCCUAACUUCUCAUUUUUCUGCCACUCCCAAUUGUGCUCUCUCUGCUGCUCAUCCUCUGUCUCCCUGCAAGUUUCUGUUCCGUUAAUUUGCUCCUCUUUCUCAGUGUGGUUUCUCUUGUAGGAAUGGUGUCUCCUCUGACCGCUACUUCAACCCUUUUUCCUUUAGGGUUUUAUUCCAGUCUUUUCUGGUUGUGUCCGUGCUUGUACCCAGAUUGCUGGGGCCUGUGGUUUUGCAUUCCAGGGGCUGAAGCUCUUCUGUGCUAUGAAGCAACAUCUUCACUCUUCAGAGCUGUAGGUCUCCAUAGGUGGCAAUGGUUUCUGUUGAGGAGCAUGGUGUGCAAACUGAAUGAGGGCUGUGAGGAGACGCUGGUGUUCAUCGAGGCAGGGACCAGAAAGGGAAUCCUGGGUUUUAAAGGCUGCAGCCCAGCCUCAUCUUACCCCCCGCAAGUCUCCUACCUGGUUUCGCCACCUGGAUUGUCCAUCGCCUCCUAUAGCCGGGUCUGCCGGACCUAUCUGUGCAAUAACCUCACCAACAUGAAUGCUAUAUUGCACCUCAAGGCCAGGACUCCCAAGACUUUAAAAUCUUCUUCCCACAGUUGCCCAACUUGUGUGGGCGAGCACUCUAAGAGCUGCCUCCCAAAUUUUGUCUCCAGUGAGUCUUGCCCCAGAGACGCUACCAAGUGUUACAGUUCCACAGUGAAAUUCCAGGCAGGGUUUCUUAAUACCACCUUCCUCCUCAUGGGCUGUGCUCGUGAACAUACCAGCGUUUUAGCCCAUUUUCACCAUAUUGGGAGCAUCAGAGUGACUGAGGUCAUCAACAUCGUAGAAAAGGCCCUGUUUACUGGUGCAGGGACCCCUUGUCGGAGUCCUUCUUGGGGCAUCCUUUUAGGCCUCCUGUUUGCCUUCAAGGGCUGAGGAUCUAGCUGGACCAGACCAACACCCCUCCCUUUUCACAGAGCCAAAUAAAGUUACAGAGUUGCA